AUGAACGCUACCCACCGCAAACCCAACCAGUAUGAGUCCCUCCUCGCCGGUAUCAUCGCCGGCGGUGUCGAGGGCGCCGCUACCUACCCCGCCGAGUUUGUCAAGACCCGCGCUCAGUUCACCGCAACCAAGGGAUCUGCGGUCGGUGUCAUCCCAAUCAUCCGCGAAACGCUGCAACAGCGCGGUAUCCGCGGACUCUACUCUGGCGCGGGGGCUCUGAUCGUUGGUAACAGUCUCAAGGCGGGAACGCGGUUCUUGACGUACGACUCGAUCAAGGGCGUGUUCGCAGACUCCAACGGAAAAAUGACGCCUGGGCGGACGGUACUGGCGGGUCUUGGUGCGGGGGUCGUCGAGGCCAUAGUAGCUGUGACGCCUAGCGAGACUAUCAAGACAAAACUCAUCCAGGACGCAUCGUCGACACGGCUCUAUCACAACAUGAUUGACGGGACAAUUGGGAUUUGCCGGACAGAGGGGUUCAAGGGGAUCUACCGGGGAUUAUGGCCAACUAUCAUGAAGCAGGGCGCCAACUCUGCGGUCCGAUUCUCAUCCUACUCAUUCCUCAACAACGCGCUCGUCACCUACACCAAACCAUCCAGUGGCAAGCUGAACACGACUCUGACCUUUGUCGCUGGUGCAGGAGCGGGUCUCAUCACCGUCUACGCGACUAUGCCCCUCGACAACAUCAAGACGAGAAUGCAAGCAACAGGCGCAGAAUCGAGAUAUAAGAACUCGGCGGAUUGUCUCAUGAAGAUUGUUCGGCAAGAGGGCGUCCUGCGGCUCUGGGGCGGAACGACUCCACGGCUCGCGAGAUUGAUGUUCAGUGGGGGUAUUGUCUUUGCAGUGUAUGAGCGUUUGAUCGGGGUCAUGACUGCGUUCUAG